GCUCGGAACCCGCAGUGCCUGAACCCAGAGUCCGGGAACCGCCUCGCUCGCACAGUGCAGUAAGUGCAGGAGCUGACCCGUCUCCGACCCCAGAACUGUGCCGGUGCUGUGCAACAUGUCCCUGAAGGCCUGGGAGUGGGAGGAAGAGGACAGAGCAAGCGAGGGGCACAUUUCCUCGCUAGCCAGUGCUUACCAGUCUGCCAGCGAAUGUGAGACAGAGGAGUAUCCGAAAGCCAGGAUCCCGGCCCAGGAGUGGGACUCUGAUGACCAGUACAGCAGCAGCCUGAGCUCCUCAGAAGAGCCUGCCUGCGCCUACAAUUCUGAUGUACCCCAAGUUGUCCCUUGCAAACUCAUUAUCUCACUGGCCUUCCCUGUGCAUACUAUAGGUCAUAAGGGAAAACUCACAAGUGUUAUUGAUAAAUAUAAGAAAGUUCCUAAACCAGACAGCCAUGGUGCAAAGGCUCGUCACUUCUACCACAUUGAAUAUUUCCUCAUGCCUGAUGAUGUAGAACCCCAAAAAGUUGAUGUCAUGGUGUUUCCUGCAGUGGCCAAAGUGUUUCUGGACUCAGGAAUAAAGACUGUGAAGCCAUGGAGAGAAGGUGACAAAGUCUGGGUGUCAUGGAGCCAAAGUUUUAAGGUCAACAUGACAAAGGAAUUAUUAAAGAAAGUAAAUUUCCACAAAAUCACUCUGAAGCUCUGGGACAGUAAGGACAAAGUUUCAAAAAAAGUCAGGUACCAUCGGUUAAAGACGACUGGUUAUUUGGAAGACCCAGAAUCUUUUGGUAAGUCAGAGGAGGUAAAACACUUGGUUUUAAGUCAGAAGAGGUUGUCUACAGUGGUCACGGAGAAAGCCAACACUGUUUCAAAGGAGGUGUAUGAGGAGAACAUACCAGGAGAUCCAGAAAAGGCAGAAAAACACCAGAAGUCUCCACAAGGUUCUCACCAAGCAGAGCCUGAAACUUCUCCCAAGAACAGUGAAGAAUAUGAGAGGUCCUUGAAGAUGGAGGACAUUUCUGUGUCUCGAAGGAGCCCUUCAAAAACACCUGUUUCUUUGAUGGGGACAACCAUGACGGAAAUCAAGGAACUCAUUGAGAAAGCAUCAUUUACCAGCUUAACAAACACGAUGGAAAAACAGAAGUCUCAAAUUAAAGGGAAAAAUACAGAGGGGAAGAAGAAAAGCCUGAAGAAAGGAAAGAAAUUUCAAGUAGAAGAGGAAACAGAGUCUAAACUGGCAACCAGUCAUUGGAAGCCGUGCACCUUCUCCAUCCAGCUGUCCAUCAUGCCCCUACUUGCUGGAUGGCAAACGGUCAACAUUCGUGGCAGUGAGAAGUCUGCCAACAUUUUAGAUUGCUUUUUGACUUUCAAAACAGAAGUUCCUAUCAUGACUGAAGAGCAAAAGCAAGACUUGAACCCCCUGACCAUAAGGAUCAAAUGUGCCUCCUGCCUUCCAUCUCAGCCUGUUGCCAUUCAUGACCUGGAGAGGCUGUGCACCCCUGUGUACUGCAGGUACCAGUUCCAUAAGACUCCAGUUCAUGAGACCAAGGGGCAGCCCCACAGCGUCCAUGUGUAUUUCCAGGAUAUCAACGUCAUCUUCCUUGGGGCCAUCCAUCCCAGUGACCUGAGAGAGUACCUGGAGGGGCCCCCCAUGGUGGUGGAAGUUCACGACAGGGACCGCAAGUCAGAAGAUUAUUCCCAGAAGCCCACCCUGUUCGGAGAGGACCCUGUGGAUUCCUACUUCAACAUCCAAUCUUUCAUCUCCCCUAAGGACACAGAAAACAACCAUUUUGAGUCCCAGAACAAGAUGUGGGAUCCUUAUGGUGUUGCCCAGGUUAGUUUUGCUGACCUCCUUUUUGGUCGUAAGUACUUGAACAUGAUUGUUCCCAUCCACAACUGUGAGCCUAAAUCUGCCAACUGGAGCCAAGAUAGCAGAAACAGGAAGGUUGUAGGGUUUCAGGCCCCUACAGAUGCCUUCCAGCACAGCCCAAUGCCCACAGGCAAGUACAUGGAGGCCAACUCCUUGCUCAAGCUGCGAGUAGACAUUGCAGUGCCCUUGGGUGCUGCAAUUACAGCUCCUGAGCUUGACUCAAUGGGUACCCAGUUCAGUCGCAUCAUUUUUGUGUUCAACUCCAAGAAGCUGUUCCUCUUAAACAGCCUGCUGCAGGACAUCACCAAGAUCAAUGCCAAGGCCCUGGACUUGGACAGCUACCCAACCCGGAAUAUCCAGCAGAUCCUGUCAGCCUUCAGGGUGCGUAUGAAGAUCCAAGACCAGCAGAACCUAGAUGUGCUCACGGGCUUCCACCUGAUGGACGGGAAAAUGCACCUUUUCAUUCUGGAAGGCUUGGCAGCCCAUGGUUUGAGGAGGCUGUGGGAGAGCUAUCAGUGUAGUGUCUCCACCUCUGAUCGCGCAGCAUGCAAGGUGCUCUAUGACUCCCAGUUGCUGUUCUGCAACCGCCUCUAUGCUGACCUGGAGACUAUUCUGUACCACGUGCACUUGUUCAGGCCUGUGUCCUUGAUCCUGCGGUACCCAGUACUCUACGUCCGGGGAGCUGUGCCUCGGAAGGCUUUCCAGGCACUGACAAGGAUCUAUGACAUCUGCCACAACAGCACCAGGCUCAAAGAGGUGAUUGUGAGAGACCUGCUACCUUCCUCCUCUAUGGUUAAAGACCUAAACCAAGAGUUUGGGGUACCCAUUUCCAAGGAGGAACUCAUAGAUGAAAAGCUGUUGCCCAUAUUGCCCCAGCCUGCUCCCAAUCCUGAGAACGUCAGACAUCGGACUUCUGCUCUCACACUGGAGAUCAAUGCCCACAAGGAGAAGUACGAGCAGUUGCGGAACAACAUGUUGCAGAAGAAACAAGACCAUAAAGUCAACCUGAUCCAGAAAAAUAUCGCAGAAGCCUUCCAGUUCACCAAGAAGCCUCCAGAGUCAGUGGUGAAGGCAAUUCGAAUUUCCAUUCCUGAUAACAAACCUGUCCACAACUACAGUAUCCAGACCCUGAAUUCCGCAGAGCUUGCUAAGAAGAUGAUGUAUCAAGAGAUGGCCAAGGAACCAGGAAAGAGAUUCACAUACUCACAGAAUUACCUCUCAGCUACGUUGGAGCCUCAGGACUCAGAAGAAGAGAAGAGGAAAGGCCAGAAGAAGUCCUGCCAGGCCUGGCUCCCAGCCAGUGGAUUCCAUGUAUGGGGUCUCCAGAGCAACCUUGAAAGCAACCAUCAGCAUCUCAGACUGCCACCCAUGGGAGAGCUAAAUGAGGAAUGGAAGGAACGUGAACUGUUUGCUAACGUGCUGAAGCCUGUGUUGGAUCGGGAGAGGUGGAGCUGGGGCCAGUGCCACCAGGACUUUGAUCUGUAUAAGAAACCACCACCUUUCCUUGAGGUGCCCCCUCCUCCAGCUCCAAAGCCUAAAACUGAUAGGAGACCGAAGGCAAACAUCCAGUCUUCUGAGCAGCAUGGAUACGGCCAAGUCACAUCAAAGCCACAUAGCUCCCAUGGCAGCAUCUCUGUGCAUCCCCAAGACGUACCCUCUCCCACUGAUCAUCACCUGGGCCUAGGGACCCCAACUCACCAAGCCAUCCCUUCCCUUGACUCUCCAACAAGGCUACAAAACCCAAAUCCCCCCUUCCCCAGCUGUUGGCUUCAUUAAAGUGUGGCACGGUAAAGGGGCUUGGGUUAGUAGUCACGACCCUGUCCCAAACUCACUCUGGUCCUAAGA